AAUUUUAUAGUUUUAUGAAGAGAGCGGCUAAUCUUGAUGACUCUCUCUCCUGUCUCACACUCUCUCUCUAAAACAAGCUGUCAGUGUUGAGGUUUUAAGCGGCAAAUGGACCUCAGGCCGAGGCUUCGACAAUCCUUCUCCGGCUUCACGAAAUUCGAGGUUCAAAAAAUGGAGCGAUUACUUGACGAUUAUAAAGAGCAAACUCUAGAAGACGAGUUCUGUAAGAAAUUUGCAAGACUUCUCAAUCGUACGAGCGGUCGUGCUGGAAAACCAGCUGUAAAGUGGACUGAGGUUCAGAGCUGGUUCCAGGAAAAUCAACAGCGGGGCCUCUGUAGAGAGGCUUCGUUUGGUGAAGCUAAGAAGUUACCUGUUGCCCCAGAAACUCUCACUCAGAAUAAAGCAACUGAAAAUGCGAAGAUGCCUGAGGGAGUCGAGGAUGCAGAUUUUUCUAUGCUGGAGUUUGAAGCGAGGUCCUCGAAGGAUGGAGCAUGGUAUGAUGUUGAUACAUUUCUUUCCCACAGAUUUCUCAGUUCCGGAGAAGCUGAACUCCUUUUACGAUAUGUGGGUUUUGGAGCUGACGAAGAUGAAUGGGUGAAUGCACGAGAUUCUGUGAGGGUGCGGUCUGUUGCUUUGGAGCAUACAGAAUGCCAGACAGUAAAGGUUGGGGAUCUAGUAGUGUGCUUCCAGGAGAGACAAGAUCAAGCAAGAUAUUAUGAUGCUCAUGUUCUCGAAAUUCAAAGAAGAUGGCAUGAUAUAAGAGGUUGCAGAUGUCUUUUCUUGAUUAGAUACGAACAUGACAAUGCAGAGGAAAGGGUCCGUUUAAGGAGACUAUGUCGCCGGCCUACCAUAAUGGCGAAGUUAAAGUAAUAUUAGCUGCCGUGAAGAUGUGCUGUUUUAUACACAUCAAGGUUCAAAGGUUUGAGUCGUCGUGCAAUCCACCGGUUUUCUUUUCUUUAUUUGCUCGUUCUUGGCUCUACUGUCUAUCGCGUCCUAUGCUCGUAUUAGUCCAAGUUGCUAACUAUGAAUAUGAUCUUUGCAUUUGUGUACUGUAAUUCUGGAAGAAAAAGAAAAAAAACGUAGUUUGAAACGUGCAAGAUUUACCUUUA